UGUGCCAGGGUGUAGCAACUGAUCUGAUUGUUCGGCUGGUGAGCACCGUGAGCCACUUGAGGUGUCAGAGAGAGAGACGAGAGACAGACGGGAGAUGCAGCCGACCCGCGGGAGGGAGACAGGAAGGUGUGAUGGUCCACACGCCGUGCGGUUUGAUCACAGGGUCCCUCAGAUGGAGAUGUCGAUUGGCUUCAUCUUCAAGUGAAUAUAUUGCCCCUGUUAAUAGAGGAAGAUGUCAUUGCGCCGACAUUUUGGAUUCUGGUUGCUAUGAUGGCACCUGCGUCAAGGGAUUUGUGUGCAAGCUGCUACAACUGGGACUCCCGUAUUCCACCUGUCUAUGGAUUAAAGACUGCCUGACAGACCGCACACAAAGGGUUAAGGUGGGCCCUCACAUCUCCUCGGCCAUCAGCAUCAGCACCGGCUCUCCUCAGGGCUGUGUGCUGAGCCCCCUGCUCUUCACGCUGUACACGCAUGACUGCGCCCCUGCCCACCACAGCAACACCAUCUUCAAAUCUGCAGACGACACCACUGUGGUGGGGCUCAUCUCUGGUGAGAAUGAAUCCGCCCACAGGAACGAAGUGGAGCAACUGACAGUGUGGUGCACUGACAACAACCUGCUCCUGAACACAAUUAAGACCAAGGAGCUUGUUGUGGACUUCAGGAAAAAGAAAACGGACAUCAAACCACUUUACAUCGGAGGGGACUACUGUGUGGAGAGGGUGUCAGACUUCCAAAUUCCUGGGAGUCCACAUCAUGGCGAAGAAGGCUCAGCGGAGACUUUAUUCCCUGAGAGUCCUCAGGAAAAAUAACAUCUCACAAAAACUGCUGGUGUCCUUCUAUCACUACUCUAUCGAGAGUAUCCUGGGCUACUGCCUCUGCAUGGGGUUUUCCAGCUGCACAACAGCGCAGAGGAAAACACUUCAGCAGAUCGUAACGACUGCAUUGCAGAUCAUCGGCUGUACUUUACCCUCUUUGGAUGAACUGCACAGCUCUCGCUGCCUCAAAAAAGCAGAAAACAUCUUACAGGACUCCUCACACCCCGCUCAUGACGUGUCCCAACUGUUGCCAUCAGGUAAAA